CUAGUACUAAAUUUAUUCAUUUGUCCCGAGAAGUUAAAAGCCUUUAUUGAGCACCCUCUUAGCCCUGUGUUUAUAGAAAAAAUGAUGUAUGCAAUUAACACGACUAACUUCCUAUAUUUUAUAUUUUUGUUUGCCUUCUUUUUAGGAUCAUAAGAAAUGGCUAAAAAUUCAAAAAAGAGUAUAAAGCCUUUCCGAAGACUAAAUAAUCAACCUGUUGUUAGUAACAACAAAGUUGCAGCAAUUAAAAUCAAUGACAAAAAGGAUUCUGGAAAGGUGUCAAAGAAAUCAAAAAGAUUACAGAAGACAGCGCAGUUUGUUUCAAAACUGACUGUAAAUGAAGAAGCAAGAACGAAGUUAAAGAACGCAAAAAGAAAAUCUCAAACAGCCAUCGUUGGUAACAUGGAUCCUUUGCUUGAUGCGUUGGUGGAUAUCUCUGAAGCCAGCAUUACGGAGAAGAAAAAUAUAAAACCACAAAAGAACAGCAAACCAGCUAGAGAAUGUAAAAAAAAAAUUGCUUCAGAGAAACGCAGACAGCAGUCAGAUGUGAACGACAUAGCGUUAUUUCAAAAGAUUUUAACACAUCAGAAAUUUCAGGAGGAUCCACUAUUUGCGAUAAGUGAUCACGUGAAAUAUCUCAUGCAGAGAGAAGAACUUCAAGAAAAUUAAAGGAAACACCCUCCUCCGACACCGUGUCUCGGUGGGCAAGAAAUAGAUGUGUUUUGCUCGAUAUCCACGUUUUUGACGAAUUCGUUAUUUAUAAGAUCUUUGACUUCAGUCUUUAAUUUAAUUUCUUUAUUUUGAAAUGUCUGUUUCCUCGAGUACGUUGGUUAAAAUCUGAUGGCUAGAAGAAGUAACUACGACAGAUAAAAUCGUGAUGUUUUUUCCACGGAAUUCAUUAAUUCGAUUUCGAAAUUACAAUAGUUAAUUAUUCGUGUGAAAUGAGUUUUAAUUUUUAGGAUCUUUCAUACAUUUGGUAGAAAGUAAUAGGUGUUUGGUUUAUUGGAAUAUAUGCUAACAAUAUUCAAGAUGAUUAAAAAAAGUUAAGAUUAUUCUAAGAAUAAACUCAUCCUUUUACUUGUGUCACAAACAAGUUUGCGUGUUCACUUUUUCGUGAUUCAUUUACAUGAAUAUUGUGUUACUCAAAGUCCGUCAAACAAUCUAGUCGUUUCUCUGUUUCAAAUUGAUUUAGUCGUUGUUUUUUGUUUUUGGAAAUUGAAUGGUUAUAUUUAUUUUUAUUCGUGUUUAGCCUGUUGUCUACGUUAAUUGAAAUUUUAACUUGGUUUAUGUAGAUCUUGUUGGUUAAAAAAAAUGAUUUCAUUUCUAAUAAUUGAUUUGUUUGUGUUUUAUAUAUUCUAACUGAGUUUGUAAAUGUUCCAAUUGUUAGAUUUUAAUUCGUGUUUUAAUAUUAUUCAUAUUUUUUCUUUGUUUUCCUUUUUUUUUAUGUUUAUGUGCUGGUGUAAUUUACAAGGUAUACAAUACACUAUCACUAAUUUCAUUUAAAGAAAUACAACUUAAUAUUGAAAUAACACAAAACAACUUGUGUUUUUUCGCCAUUACAAGCACCGGUAUCCGUUCAGUUUUCUUUGUAAUUAAGUCUUAAGAAAUGUUUUUUUGUGUCUGUUCUAAUUUCUUGCUUUGUUAGGAGAAAAUUUAAUUGAACAGGUCGUGCUAUGAAGUAACACGACUCUGUUCAUCUCGCUUAGGAAUAAAAAUGGGCAAUUUUGCUUAUAUUAAUCUGUUUGUUUAAAGAAGUCAAAUGCGUGUUUUUCGUGCUUUGUAGAUUAACAGAUGGCGCUAGUUGGUAACAGGUCGCCAUUUCUGUCAACUUUCUUAUUACCAAUGCGAUGACCUCGUUUUUAAUGAAAAACGAAGAUUUUGUUUGUUUGGUUAUAUUUUUGUUUGUUUCUUUGUCUGUUUUUUGUUUCUUUGCUUGUUUAUUUGUUUGUUUCGGGUUGAUAACUAUAAAGGCUUAAAAUCAGGAAGAUAGUUGGUAUAUGAUAUGUUAUGAUUUUUUACCAUAGCAUUAAAGCUCUCCUUUUUACGAAGGCUAGCGUCGCAUUUUACUGUUUCUUCGAAUGUUCUCUUAACAUUCUUAUGUAGGAAAGUUAUACUUUUAUACUUGUAUUGGUAUGGAAAGUGAAGUAUUUUCGUCGGUAAAUAAAGACAGUCAAGAAUGUUAAGAAGAGUGUUGACACCUGGAUGUACUAGACUUUUUCCAAUUUUUUGUUGUUUUUUGUUUUUGUUUUAAUAAUAUUAUAGCGCCUAAAAAAUUUAAAUAAUUAUUACUUUUUACUAGAGACAUUUUAUUUAUUGUAUGUUUAUUUU